AUGUCGGGGUCCCUCGAAGAACAGUUGGACGCCAUUUUGAAGAGGCCACAAACUGACGCACCAACGACACUCCUCCCAGACGAGCUAUCUUGUCUGGUCAGCUCUUUCUUGCCGUCUAGCGCACUGUCUCUGCAGUCGAAAGCCUAUAUUACACUUUCUGCUGCGUUCUCUACGAAGCAGCAAGAUGCUGCAACACAUGCCAUGCAAAGGAUAUUCGGCCCUCCAAUAGUAUCGCAACUCCCAGACACCGCGGAGACAGAAAUCCUUGCAAGCCUAUCAUUCCUUGCUGCUCUCUUCGAGGUUGAUUGGCAAGAAGAUGGGGUGCUUGAUUCUGUCGUGGAUGCAUUGGACCUACUCUCGAAAUCGCCCCAGAUCUCUCGUGGUGUCGCUCAAUUGCUCGUGCAAGCCACCGUCAUCUCAUCACAGCAUCUGCAAUGGCUGUCUGCGAAAUCGCGUCAGACCGCCGACAGCAUCCUCCGUGCAGCUGCGGCCGUUGCCCUUGUCAAACUUUCGUGGGGAGCUAGUGCCGAUGCCACAGAGAUUGCAGGUGACCGGGGAGAGACACCCGCAGUGGUCGAGGAGGAGCUUGUGAAGUUGAUGAAGGGACUUGUGGUUGACGGCACAGAAACCUCCUCUCUUGCAGAUGCCAUAGAAGGUCUCGCAUACAUGAGCCCCGACCCCGCCGUCAAGGAGCAGGUAGCAGACGAUCCUUCCUUCUUGAAACAGCUUUUCUCGCUAGUGCCUCGUCGGAAAGGCCUCGUCAUGCACGGCUCUCCCACCGAGGAUACCGCGAGAUCCCCUCUGUACGGCAUGGUUAUAAUUAUCUUAAACCUCUGCCCUCUGCUGCUACCGACCACGUCUCAUGGAAGAGGAGACCAGAUGACAAGAUUGCGACGUAUGGCGAACGUCCCAGGCUCUUCCUCCAAAGCCUCCGAGGCAGUCAAUCCUCUGGACGAUGGUGACCAUGUACGGAUGCGAGGACGCAAGCUCGUAGAAGCGGGCGUUCUUGAUGCUCUCACUGCAGCUGUACGUGCCACAGAGAGCCGUGCUGUCAGGCUUGCAGUGGCAAAGAGCCUCCUUAGUCUGGUUGAGGACCACGAGAAUCGCGGCAAGGUAUUGCAGGCAGGCGGGGCGAAAGAAUUGGUGCUUAUAAUCCAAGAAAUGUCGCAGCUGGACGUGUCAAACAUUGAGCCAAUGCAAGCUCUCGCAAAGCUGGCAAUCACUUCUUCUCCUGUCCAAGUUUUCGGUCGAAACGAGGGAGCUCUUUACGAUGCCAUUCGUCCGUUCUUUAUCAUGCUCAUGCAUCCCAGUUCCAACAUGCUCCAACAUUUCGAGGCCUUCAUGGCCUUGACAAACUUGGCUUCACAAAGCGGGAAAGUUGCCACCCGGAUUGCCCGCAUGGAGGGCGUGUUGAACAAAGUGGAGCUGCUCAUGUUGAAGGAACAUACUCUGAUUCGCGGCUGUGAGGAAGUUUACAAUAAGUAUGGUGGCGAGAAGUUUUCGGCUUCAAAGUCGAAGUUGCAGGUGCUCGUUGCACUGUGCGACGUUGAUGACCUGCAGACACGGCUCGCGGCGUCCUGCACCAUCACUAUUCUAACCUCCUCUCCCGAUGCAUGCCAGACCCUUAUCGAAUUGCAGCACGAACGACACCGGGUGCUCCCCAUCUUAGGCCAGCUCAUUGAUCCCUCCGUUGUCACCGUGGCGGACCACCGUAACGAAGAUGUUAUUGAGACACCCCCUUUAGAACCCGAUCCUGGACUUGUGCACCGAGUCGUCAUCUGCAUAUGGAAUCUUUUUGAUGCCGUGCAGGGCGCCGCUGCGCGGAAAUAA